GUACGUCUCUUAUGUCAUUUGCGCGCUGAACCAAAAUUAGGGUUUGUAGGAGGAAGCAUCAAUGGCGCCGAAGCAGAUAACUCAUAAGGUUAGCAGAAACCCUGAAUUGAUAAGGGGAAUCGGAAAGUACUCGAGGUCGCAGAUGUACCACAAGAGAGGCAUCUGGGCUAUCAAAGCUAAAAACGGCGGCGUUUUCCCUCGCCACGAUCCUAAACCUAAACCCGAAGCUCCCGCUGAAAAACCACCCAAAUUUUACCCUGCCGAUGAUGUCAAGAAGCCACUUGUCAACAAGCACAAACCCAAACCCACUAAGCUCAGGGCUAGCAUUACACCAGGGACAGUGUUGAUUCUUCUUGCUGGUAGAUUUAAAGGAAAGAGGGUAGUGUUUUUGAAGCAGCUUCCUUCUGGCUUGCUUCUUGUGACUGGUCCUUUUAAGAUUAAUGGAGUUCCCUUGAGACGUGUGAAUCAAUCCUAUGUUAUUGCCACAUCAACUAAAGUAGAUGUUUCUGCUGUUAAUGUCGACAACUUUGAUGACAAAUACUUUACAAAGGAAGUCCAAAAGAAGAAAAAGAAGGGAGAAGGCGAGUUCUUUGAGGCAGAUAAGGAGGAAAAGAGUGUAUUGCCCCAGCAGAAGAAAGAUGAUCAGAAAACUGUGGACUCUACAUUAAUUAAAGCCAUUGAGAGUGUUCCAGACUUGAAGGCUUAUCUCGGUGCUAGGUUUUCCCUAAAGGAUGGUGUUAAACCUCAUGAACUAGUCUUCUAGAGGAAAGAAGGAUAUUACUUUUGUUUUUCAUAUCCUGAUUUUUCUUUUGAUAUUGGUCCUAGUAGCUGCACUCUUAUAAAUUUAUUUUUAACAGACCAAGGAAAAACCUAAAAUUUUGUUAGGCAACGGAUUGUGAUGAUGAUAUUUCUUCCUGCAAUUUUGCUCUUUUUAACGAUUUGUUGAUCGUAUGUAUUUUAGAAAUUGUGUGAGUGGCCUUUCAUAUUA